ACGGACCAAUUUUAUUGCGGUUUAAUGUAUCGAUCAAUACUUGGAACCAAAUGUGCUAACGUCAAUUACGUAUAUGAACCCCUUCAUUCAUAUGUGGUUUAAUAAAUUAAUAGCAUCAACAGCUGAAAUUCCCGGUUAGAUGUGAUAAAACCAAAGCGGUUAAAAAGGGUUAAUGAGAACCAAUAUUGCCGGGUUGGCGGUUACGCCGUUUUGUGCUCUUCUGUUUUAGUUACAGCUCAAGAGACGCGUUGAUUGGAGAAGGUGAUAGAAAUCUCUUGGGUAGAGGGAGAAAAUUAGGGUUUAGAGUUGGAGAUGAGAAGAGGAACGACGAUCUAAGGAGACAAAAGAGAGUAGCUAGAUCAGGACGAAAUUCCAUAUUUCCUUCGUUUCUGUUUCUCUCUGAGAAUGAGUCAUCAAUCGCCGCCGAUCGCUGAAGUUGAUGCCACCGACGAUAUGCACGAGGCGUUGUUCGCGAAGCGAGGUUGUUGUUUCCUCAUGCCCUGCCUUGCCUCAUCUCAGCCAUCAACUCGCGGCGGAUCUGUGUGGUGGCAACGGAUCACGACCGUCGACAAACUCGAACCCGACGAGCGAUGGUGGAUCCGAGGGUGGCGGAGGAUGAGGGAGUGGUCGGAGCUCGUCGCUGGACCUAGAUGGAAGACGUAUAUCCGCCGGUUCGGACGCAGCAACUGCUGUGGAGGAGGAGGAGGGAGAGUCGGAAACAGCAGCGGAGGAUGCGGAGGUGGUGCAAUGCCUAACCGGUCAUCGGAUCAGGGUAAAUUCCGGUACGAUCAGUUGAGCUACUCGUUAAAUUUCGAUGACGGAAAUCAAACCGGACAUUUUGACGACGAGUUCCCGUACCGAGAUUACUCGAUGAGAUUCGCUGCGCCUUCCUUACCGGUUUCCACUAAAUGCUCAAUUGAUUUCGAUAGCGACAUUGAUAACAAGUGAAAGCCACGCGCUCGACUUUUUAUGUUGUCGUGUGUGAGACCAAAAUGAGAUGGCAUUUUGUUUCUUCUUCCAAUAUUUUUUUAUAAAUUAGUAUUGACUAUUGAGUAUUAUUCUGUCAUUACCAAUGUAAUUACAAAGAAAAGCACCUUUCAUCCAAGAAAAAAUUUAAAUAUAGAAAUAAUUAAACAAUUUUUUUUUCAAAA